AUGUCUCGCCCUGAACAUCAAGCACCACCAGAAAUUUAUUAUAAUGACGACGAAGCAAAGAAGUAUACGUCGAACACUCGAAUACAAAGUGUUCAAGCUGAAAUGACGUAUAGAGCUCUUGAAUUGCUAAGUUUACCUGAAAAUGAAUCAUCUUUUUUACUCGACAUUGGAUGUGGGUCUGGUUUAAGCGGUGAAAUUUUGGAUGAAGAGGGUUACAUUUGGGUUGGAAUGGACAUUUCACCUGCUAUGUUACAAGUCGCAUUAGAGAGAGAAGUCGAAGGUGAUUUGUUCUUACAAGAUGUUGGUCAGGGAAUGGCAUUUCGCCCGGGUACAUUUGAUGGCGCAAUAAGCAUUUCCGUCUUACAAUGGCUAUGCAACGCGGAUCACACCUCACAUAACCCCAAAACACGAUUGACUAGGUUCUUUUCUACAUUAUAUUCAUCAUUGCGUCGCGGUGCUCGUGCCGUGUUUCAAUUUUAUCCCGAAAAUGACGAUCAGUGUGAACUGAUAAUGAACACUGCUAUGAGGUGUGGAUUUGAAGGUGGUCUCGUAGUUGAUUACCCAAAUAGCAAAAAGGCAAAAAAGUAUUUUCUAUGUUUAUUUGCUGGUCAGAGUGCUCCAGGAGUUAAACAACAGAUGCCAAAAGCUUUAGGCGAGGACGCUGAAAGUGAACCCAAUACUGUGGUUUAUUCAAGUCGGAGAAUAAAUGAACAGCAACAUAGAAAGAAAGGAAAACAACGAAAAUCAAUCAAGGAAAGGGACUGGAUUUUGCAUAAAAAAGAGGUAGCACGGAUGAGAGGAAAGAAGGACGUACCGAUGGAUUCAAAAUACACGGGACGAAAGAGGAAUCCAAAAUUUUAG